GAUUGCUCUCUCUCCCUCUCUCUCCCUCUCUCUGUUUCUCUCAAAUUCCUCUUCUCAACCCUAAUAAGGCAAGUUCGAAGCUCUCGAAGCUUUCUCUCUCUUCUGUCGCUUCCAAUUUUACGGCCUCAGAGUAAGAUCUGAACUCAGAGUGUGUUGGCCGUCGAAGUUGCUCCGCUCGGAUUUUAUUUUUUUGGCCGGCUGUGAAGGAGAAGUAGCUAGAUAUUAACUAUCACGAUGACUAUCAAAACUCCUGCAACGCCAGCUUCAAAAACAGAGAGGACGCCAGCAUCAACACCUGGAGGACCUCGAUCUAAGGAAGAGAAAAUCGUUGUUACGGUGCGGUUAAGGCCUCUGAAUAAAAAGGAGCAGCAAGCGAAAGAUCAAAUGGCAUGGGAGUGCAUUGAUGAUACUACGAUUGUGUACAAACCUCAGCCUCAGGAACGUCAAACUCAACCGUCCUCCUUUGCAUUUGAUAAAGUUUUCGGUCCCGCUUCUUUGACUGAGGCAGUAUAUGAGGAAGGAGUAAAGAAUGUUGCCUUAUCUUCUCUGAUGGGCAUCAAUGCCACCAUAUUCGCUUAUGGGCAAACUAGCAGUGGGAAAACAUUUACAAUGAGGGGGAUAACCGAGAAGGCUGUUAAUGAUAUCUACAGACAUAUUAGCAAUACACCCGAGCGAGAUUUUACAAUAAGAAUUUCAGGACUCGAAAUAUACAACGAGAAUGUUAGGGAUCUAUUGAAUACCGAAUCAGGUCGUAAUCUAAAGCUUCUUGACGAUCCUGAGAAAGGUACAAUGGUUGAGAAAUUAGUAGAGGAAACGGCAAAUGAUGAUCGACAUUUGAGACAACUGAUUAGCAUCUGCGAGGCACAAAGACAAGUUGGUGAAACUGCCUUAAAUGAUCAUAGCUCCCGGUCACACCAGAUAAUAAGACUGACAAUUCAAAGUACUCUACGAGAGACUUCAGAUUGCGUGAGGACUUUUGUGGCAAGCUUGAACUUUGUUGAUCUAGCCGGAAGUGAGAGAGCUUCACAGACACAUGCUGAUGGUGCUAGGCUAAGAGAAGGCUGCCAUAUUAAUCUUAGUUUGAUGACACUCACAACUGUGAUCAGAAAGCUAAGUCAAGGAAAGAGAAGUGGCCAUAUACCUUACAGAGACUCAAAGCUCACCCGCAUAUUGCAGCAUUCACUUGGUGGAAAUGCUCGAACCGCGAUUAUAUGCACUCUGAGUCCAGCCCUGACUCAUGUUGAACAAUCGCGGAACACUUUGUACUUUGCCACCCGGGCGAAGGAAGUGACUAAUAACGCCCAAGUUAAUAUGGUUGUAUCGGACAAGCAAUUGGUUAAACACUUACAGAAGGAAGUUGCUAGGCUAGAAGCGGAACUGCGCACUCCUGAUCCGAAAAGGGAAAAAGAUUUAAAAAUCCAGCAGAUGGAAAUGGAGAUUGAAGAAUUAAAACGACAAAGAGACCUUGCACAAUCUCAGGUUGAUGAGCUCCGCAGAAAACUUGAGGUGGAUCAGCAGGUUUCUCUCCCUCCCUCCUCUCAUCUUAUACUCACAACUCACAAAAAUCCUACAUGUUCCUUGAGAUCAGAAAAUAAAAACAUCCAUCUUUAUUUUCAGGGUUCUAAACCAAUUGAAUCUGCCCGUCCUCCAGUGAAGAAGUGCUUGUCCUUUACUGGUACAUUGCCUCAGAAACUCGAUGGCGGCAAGGACCUUGGCCGUGGUAUGAUAUUAAGGCAGUCGAUGAUGAGACAAUCGUCUACCGCUCCUUUCACACUCAUGCAUGAAAUUCGCAAGUUGGAACAUCUCCAGGAGCAGCUUGGGAAGGAAGCCAAUAAAGCCCUCGAAGUACUGCAAAAGGAGGUGGCUUGUCACAGACUGGGGAACCAAGAUGCAGCAGAAACUAUUGCCAAGCUGCAGGCUGAAAUUGGAGAAAUGAGAUCAGUCCGUUCAGAAUCAAAAGAGGUCGAGGUUGGGAGCGUUAUUGCUACUAACCAGAGUGUAGGUGCUAAUCUUAAGGAAGAGAUAACACGGCUUCAUUCUCAAGGUAGCACCAUUGCAGAUCUAGAGGAGCAACUUGAAAAUGUUCAGAAGUCCAUUGACAAGUUGGUAAUGUCUCUACCGAGCAAUUAUCAGCAGUUAAUGAGCAGUGAAUCAACCCCCAAACAAAAAAGUUAUACCAAAAAGAAGACGUUGCUUCCUUUGGCCUUAAGUAAUGUCGCCAACCGGCAAAACUUUUUAAGAUCACCUUGCUCACCUUCAACAACUUCGCAGCAAGUACUGGAGUCCGAUAUCGAAAAUAGAGCUCCUGAGAAUGAUGAUGUCUUCUCACCUGAGACUCUACUCGAGUCCGAGAAAGAGACUCCAACAAAGUCAAGUGAAGAAGGUGGAGAUAUCUCCUCAAAGGAGAGCACUCCAUGUUAUCGAAGAUCAAGUUCUGUGAACAUGAAGAAGAUGCAAAAGAUGUUCCAAAAUGCUGCAGAAGAAAACGUAAGAAGCAUUAGAGCAUACGUGACAGAAUUGAAAGAACGUGUGGCUAAAUUGCAGUACCAGAAACAGCUACUUGUUUGUCAGGUCCUUGAGCUGGAAGCAAACGAAGCAGCUGGGAACAAAUUAGAUUGUGAUGAGAACACAUUUGAACCGGAGGAUGAGCAAGUUCCAUGGCAUAUAACUUUCAGGGAGCAAAGACAGCAGAUCAUUGAGUUAUGGGAUGCUUGCUACGUCUCCAUUAUUCACAGAUCUCAAUUCUACUUGCUAUUCAAGGGCGACCCGGCUGAUCAGAUCUACCUGGAAGUUGAGAUGAGGCGCUUAACAUGGCUGGAGGAUCACUUAGCAGAAGGUGGCAAUGCUAGUCCAGCUCACGCUGGAGACGAGCCAUCAAUCUCUCGCUCCUCAAGUAUGAGGGCGUUGAGACGUGAAAGAGAGUUUCUUGCAAAGAGAUUAACCUCACGUUUGACAGCAGAAGAAAGAGAUGCAUUGUACAUGAAAUGGGAAGUACCACUUGAAGGGAAACAGAGGAAAAUCCAGUUUGUAAACAAGCUUUGGACAAAUCCUCACGACCCUAAGCAUAUUCAACAGAGUGCAGAGAUUGUGGCAAAGCUUGUAGGGUUCUGUGAAGGAGGCAACGUGUCCAGAGAGAUGUUUGAACUCAAUUUUGCUGCUCCAUCCGACAAAAGACCAUGGAUCAUGGGAUGGAACCAAAUUUCAAACCUACUUAAUUUGUGAAAAUUCCUUCUUUUUUUACCUCUCAUUCCUUUUGUAUAUCUUGAUUCAUUUUGGAGUUUUCCCUCCAUAAUUCCUAUUAUUAUUGUGUCUGAUUCGACACAAGAUUUAUCUUUUGCAAUCAUUAAUUCUAAUCUAAGUAAAAUAAUUCUAUCCUUUGC